GCGUAGCGGCUGCUCCGCCGCCAUUUUGUCUCGGUGAGGCGUUUCGCGCUCGCGGGGAGGAGGGGGAAGGCGGGAGGGGCGGCGGCGGCCUGCUUCUCGCUCCUGCUUCCGGCGGCGGAGGGUUCCGUUUCAGCUUCCCUGGAGAGGCGGGCGAGGCGAGGCGAUGUCGGCGUUCUCGGAGUCGGCGCUGGAGCGGAAGCUGCUGGAGCUGAGCAACUCCCAGCAGAGCGUCCAGACCCUGAGCCUGUGGCUCAUCCACCACAGGAAGCACUCGCCCCUCAUCGUCGCCGUGUGGGAGCGGGAGCUGCGCAAAGGUGAGGCCGCGGGGCGGAGAGGAGGGCGGGAAGGUCGCGCAGGUAGGCCGCGAGCGGGAUGCGAGGGGGAAAGGUCCUCAGGUACCUCGGCGGCGGUUCCCUCUCUUCCGCCUCCCUCGCGCCGGGCCUCGGAGGCCGCUCUCGCCUCAGCAGCCAGCCGGAAGGAGAGAACGGGGACCCGCCGCCGGCCUCCGUUGCGGCCCGGGAGGAAGACGCUUGUGGGACGGCGGAGGGACCGGUGCCGGCGCCCCCUAACCUUUAUGUCGGUGGGGGAUAGGAAAGGGGGCGCGGCGAGGAAGGGCCGCAGAAGCCCCGGCGAGGCCCGUUUCCCCUGAUAGGAAGUGCUUUGGAACUCCCGGCCACUUGAGAUCGAGCAGGCGCUCUUUCCGGCGCCUGCCGAGAACGCAUUUCCCGUUUCGACGGGCCUACCCACCCAAGAGGGUUAGAAAUGCGAGGUCAUUUUACUGUUUUGGCAUUGUGACUUUUGCGUGUUUUAAAGUCUUUCUUGGUUUGCCUUAACCACUUGAGGGUUUGUUUGUUUUUGGCUUUGACAGUCAAGAGGGAUGUAGAUUUUUGUUACGUGUUAAGGUACUGUGCACCACAAUCCUAAAUUAAGGCUCACACCGGCCUUUCUCGACUUUGGGUUGCUAUAUGCUGUUGGACUACAAUGCAUCACCCCUGGCCACUGGUCUUGGUAGCCUGGAAUGAUGGGUGCUGUAGACCAGCAACACCUGGCGAGCCAAGGUUGAGAAAGGCUGGUUACACUCACGGGCGGAGGAAUGGGAGUGUGGAGGGAGCGGACCGCCCCGGGCACCACUAUUCCAGUAGGGUGCCAUCACAGUGGGGCCCCCAGACACGUGCCGCGCCCCCCCGUGUACCGGGCGCACGCCACGCCAGCCACGCCCCAGGAUACACAUCACAUGGGGGGGCGCCAGCCACGCCCCCGUCUGCUUUCUGCCCCUGGUAGUAGAGCAUGCAGCUUCCCAAAAGUGGGUCUCCAGCUGUUUUGGGACUACUGUCAUCCCUAGCCACUGGGUCUGGUCGCUAGGGAUGAUGGGAAUUUUAGUCCAAAAACAGCUUGAAACAGUUUUGGAAACCCUGCACCAAGGCUCUUUGUAUGUCUGUUAAGUCUCAGCCAUUGCUGAUUUCAGUAUGUUACUCCCAGAUAAGCAUGUUUACCCUCCAGGGACAGACUGGGAGGUUCCACCCAAAAUUUAAGAGGGUGUGGAGCCCUUGUAAGGAGGGUUUCCAUAACAGCUGUUGAUGGGGGUAUGAAAAUGACAUUGUGGGUCAAGGUGAUUGUCUUUUAUGGGGGGGAUAAAAAAAAAAUCAGUUGUUGCUGGUCUUGCAACAUUUUGUUGGAAGCUGCCCAGAGUGGCUGGGGGGACCCAGCCAGAUGGGCGGGGUAUAAAUAAUAAAUUAUUCUUAUUAUUACCAUUUUCUGAUAUCUAAUUAUAAUGUUUUUAUUGUGGGGAAGGGGAUUGGGAAGAAUGGAGCAAUAUUCAGUUCAAUCUCUAUGCAGCAGGUAGCAAUACAAAAAUGCUAUUACUUUCUAAACAUAAUUUGAAUCGCUUGAUCUAAAUGGUGGCACAUAAAUAUUACAAAGGUACAAAUUUUGACUGACCCUUGUAACCUAGACAGUUUAAGGCAGAUGUACUGUAAAUAGGGUUGUUGUACUUGGCAUUGCACUUCUGUGGGAAUUCAGGCAAUGUUCAUGCUCUCAUCUGUGGCUCUGAAUUUAGGGAAGACAACUGGGCUUAUUUUGGGCACAGUGAAACUGGGAUGCUUUGAACACCUUGGCCACACCUGCUUGCCAAAAUGGUCAGCUGUAACAUCCCUUGGAAGUUGCUAGAGAAGCUUACACUUAAAAUACAAUAGUAGACAACUGAAGUGUUGGGAAUUCUUUGGCUGCCUGAACAGCUGGUCCCAACCUUGCUCUCGCUUGGAGAUAUAGGUGGGAAUUUCUCUUAUCAUUGUACUCUGCACUACUAUGGGGUUAUCCCAACUUCAAGCAAUAGAGGAAAGUUUGUUUCCUCUUACCAAUUUUGCCAGUGAAACCAGUGGUUAGUGGAAAUGUGGAUGCCUGAUCAGGGUGAGGUGAGAUUAGAUGUGAACUAGGAAUUCCUUGUAUUUCAACCAUAGUUUUGCAAAGUACUAGGAAUUCCUGGAGAGACUGUUGCCUCAAGUUCAUUGAGAUGCUCAGAAUCAGAAGUAUAAGUGAAUCUGCAGGCGGUAGAUGAAUUGGAUUUUAUGCUAGCCAACCAGUCGUGAAACUUCCAAGUAUCAACCAAAAAUGAAGUGUACUUGAGGUAAUGUUUUUAUUAAGAAGGUUGAGACUGGGAACACCUAGCAAAUGUUCUAGUGUGGUGGUGAUAUAAUUAAAACCUAAAAAGGGGCCAGAUCCCAAUAUUUUAAAAAUACAUUGUCGCUGUCACAGUGGACUGCUGAAUCGGUUCACCUCAACAACUACUUUAUACAUUUUCACAAAAAGAAAUAGAUGUAAUACUGGCUUCAGACCUUGUUUUAAUGCAGGGGUCAGCAAAUUUUUCAGCAGCGGGCCGUCCCACUGUCCCUCAGACCUUGUGGGGGGGGGGACUAUAUUGGGGGGAAUGAACAAAUUCCUAUGCCCCAUAAAUAACCCAGAGAUGCAUUUUAAAUAAAAGGACACAUUCUACUCAUGUAAAAACACGCUGAUUCUGGAUUUAGAAGGUGAUUGGGCUAGAUCCGGCCCCCGGGCCUUAGUUUGCCUAUCCAUGUUUUAAUGGAUGUGAAAAGCUCAUGAAAUAACUUAUCCCUCUGGGGUUUUUAGUUCUUAUAUUUUCUUCCAUUUGGGGUUUAGUUCAACUGUAGUACGUUUUUGUGCAUCACUUCCAUCUUCCUUUAGCAAUCAUAUGCCCUACCAUAUUGUGGCAAAACUAUGUGGCUAUCAUUUUAAAAUGUUUCUUGUUGGCACAAGUUUUUUUAUGUCAAGUGCAACUUUGGAGUUAUCCCCCCUUGCACCUUGGAGUGUGUGUGUUACAUUAGGGCCAUAUUUUAUACAUUUGCUCCAUUUUACUUGAUUACUUGGAACAAUUGUAUUUAUUACUGUUGUGUGUUGCCGAGAGCAUUUUUAGAAAGGCACCUAAUUUUAAUCAUUUUUAGUAUUUCAUAUAAAUAUGUUUCAGAAGCUGUAUUGCAGGGUUUUAUUUCAAUAUUUGAAACUAAGAAUUCCUAAAUAAAAAAGUACUGUAGCUUGGUUUUAGCAUUAUAAUGACUAUGGGUUGCAUCCAACCUAACUUAGUUUAUUUCGUUCAGAGGUAUGUGCAAGUAACUUAGGUUGAAUUAAACCCAAUAUUGUUAGAAUUUAAAAUAAAUAUAUUAUUAAAUGUAACCUUGAAUCUGAAUUGCUUAUGUAUUUCUGAUGUGGGUGUCUCAAUUUGGGUUGUGGUAAUUCAUAAUUAUCACCAGGACUGAACUGAUCCAAGUGUGUGCUUAUUUUCUUAAUGCUUUUAUUUCUGAAGACAAAAUAUACCAUCAUAAUGACCAGCCAUCUGGCAAGUUUUCUCUUGCCAGAGUAUUUAUAAUUAUUUGCUUGUUAGAUUCACCUUACCUUGGCUUUGUGCACUCCCCAGUUCUAUUUCCAAUCCUCCACCUGUGCAGCCAUGAGAAGUUUGGGGAUUUAUACUUCAGAUUUCAGUUAUCCACAACUUAGUGUGCUUAAUUUUAACAAUAUUUUGUUUGCAUGUGGCAGCUUCAUAAAUGAUGGCCUGAAGCACCUUGCUUUCAAACAAGCCAUCAUUUAUAUUAAAAACAGUUUGCUGGGUUCAGAUGACAUAAAAGCUUUCAAUCUAAUUUUGGUCAUCCUGCAGGAGGCCUGGGGAAAGUUAGGUUCAGUAAUGAACCACAAAAAAAUCCUUCAUUAUUUGUCUGGAGGAAGACAAACAAGCAGCCUAUGUUUGGAUGCAACACCUAAGUAAAAGUGUGGCUUGGUGCAGCAGAACUGUGGCGGAGAACAAUAGUCAUAGCCUUUGUUCCAUGAAACUACAUGUUUGGUCCAGUGUUAGAAACUGAGAUAUGAAAGCUAGGAGCUAAAUGGCAUCUUAAACCUAGGUUAUGGGCACAACAACAGAAUGUCUAGGCACACUUUUAUAACAAGACUAGAAAGUUGAAAAUGUAUGAACUGCAGAUAAAAUAUUAUGUUCAUUUUUCACAUGGUCUAGUCCUUCCCCUGCCCACCCCCCUAAUAUUCUAAAGAGGGUCUGUUCUCCAGUCUUCAGAGAGUAGCUGGAAGUGGGGAGGCAGAAAAAAGUCAUCCUUUCCUUCCACUUUGUAGUUUUAAUCUGAAAUUUUAGGUUCAGUACUGCACCCAGAGCUCAGAAACUGCUCAUGCUAAUGAAAUUCCCUGUCACAAAAUGCGCCUCGAACAAUGGGAGUUUCGAACACUGGUUUGGUUAUCUGUGCCAAGCCAUGAUUUUGUUUAGUGUUUUGUGUGAACCAGGUCUUCUUAGUUUUCUCUACCAAUUUUAAUGUUCAGCUUCAUCUCAUAAAAAAUCCCAAACUUCCUUCUGUAAAGCUAGUUGAUAACUGAGUGUUACCCUUUAGUGAGUGCAUGCAGAUUUGUACUUAGUGGGUUUCAAAAAGAAAUAUUUGAAAAGCCCUCAAACUAAGGGCCAGAAGCCCAGACAAAAUGUUUCUGUCUGGUGCCAAAAGCCGGACAAAGAGGAUGCCAGGAGACCAUUCUGCAGGCAGGGAGCCAACACUGAAAAGGCCCAUUCCCAUGCUGCUACUCUCUGGACCUCCUGUGGUAUGGGCAUACAGAAAAGGGAAGGGCCUGAGAUGACGAUUGCAGGGUCUGGGUCAUAUAAGGAGAGGAGGUCCUUGAAAAAUAAAAGUUAUCAACAUUUCAGUAGCUGUUCAUACAAAUUGCAGUACUUUGGCUCUGAAUUAAUAUUUCAUUCUUAAAAAUGAAUUCACCUGGUGUAUUUCUUAAUUUUUAUUUAAUAAGAUGGAGUCUAUGUAGUGUAACACUUAGCUGAGGAAAUCAUCAUUUGAUCAAUAGCCAGAUUGUUUUGUUUUAAUUUUUAAAGAUAUUGCUGAGGAAAGGAGAGAGAUACUUUGAGGAAUUAGGAUUCUGUUUUUGUUUCUGCAUCUAAUGUUAAAGUUGAACAGGACACAGCAAAAUAAUAGAUAGGAUAAAGACAGUGAUUCCUCCUCCCCACAUGCUAGACAGCACAGGUCAGAAGAGUUUUUGCACUUUAUCUGUUAAAGAGUAUGACUUGGAUGGAUCUGGACACAGUCAUACUUCACGUAGUUUCAUUGAAAGGAAUAGAACUUGUGUAUCAUGAAUUUAGUUUCAUUGAAUUUAUAACAUUCCUACCACUCUAGCAGUUAUGCUAAUCUUGGGCAACAAUCUUACACAGGUGUAAGUUCCUGCAUGUGAAAGAAAUAAUUUGACAGUUCUGAUUACUGUUUCCAUUCCACCCCCUCUGACUGUCACUGUGGGAAAUGCGAGUGAUUUUAAGAUAGUGCCUUAUGAUAAUAGAACCAUAAUAUAUAUGUGUUGCUGUUAGCUCAACAGCCAGUUAAUAUUCUUCUGUAAUGACUAACACAAUGGCUUAAACAGUCACAACAAACCUGUUGUAUGAUAUGUUGCUAGGGCUGUGAAACUGGUAAUUCCUCCUUGAGUGAUUGUUGGCUAAUUAAUUUUGCACUGAAGGAAGUAUCAGUUCCUCAGUCAUCAAUUUUGCAGAAUUUUUCAAUAUACAGCUCAUUAUAUGUUGAUACAAUGUCGCCUUUGAAUAGUUUUAUUGUAUUUUCUCAGAGUCUAAGUGCAUAGUUAUCACAGAGUUAAGUGAUCAAGUGUAUGUCCCCAUCCCAGAGGAAUUAUGGCUAACAUUCAGUUGGUGCAGACAGAAUGGUAGCCAUAGUUAGUGCUGAUGAGGGAAAGAAAGUUCAAGUAGGAGGAUCACAGAAGCCUGAGGGGUUUUCCAGAUCUGAACAUGCAUCUGCACUGAGCCUUGGAGGGGCAGGGAAGUAAAUAAAGGGGCUUGGCUUCUCUGGGAAAAAAUGUAUGGCCUAGGUAAUUAGAAUCAUAAUUAGGCUGGAAUGUAAGUUCACCACUAAUUAGUUGAUUCUAUCUUUUCAGCAGAAUUUGGUACACAAUUCAGAUUUUUUAACAACCAUCAUGAAGGGUAGAAACUUUUAUCUAAUAGUUAUGAUUUUACAGUUACUAACUUCUGCAUUUGGAUUCUAAAGUGUUGUCAAAAGCUUUUAGAGUUAGGAAUCCAACGCUUGCUGAUCUCAAUACAGAAUUUAUAUUUUUUCGACAUCUGCCAAAUCAAACUCAGUGCCAAAGGUCACCUCAAUUCCGACAUCCCAAAUACAAAAUGGGUGUAUUCUUGUCCCUUUUCUUUUUAAUUUAUUUUUUUCAGAUCUUCCAGAGCACAUAAAAAAAUAAAUUAAAAAAAAAUCACAUCCCGUCAAAAUCCAGUUGCACUUUUAUUGUACAGUCAUACCUUGGUUAUCAAACAGAAUGCAUUCCGGGAGUCCGUUUCACCAUUUGACUCCCGGAACCGUUCAAAAACCAAGUUGCGGCUUCUGAUUGGCUGCAGGAAUAUCCUGCAUCCAAUCAGAAGCUGCGGAAGCCGUGCCAGGCUUCCGAAAAUAGUUCGAAAACUGGAACACUCACUUCUGGGUUUCGAUUGUUCAGGAUCUGGUUUGUUCAGGAGCCAAGGUGUUUGAGAUCCAAGGUACGGCGGUAUGCGGAUGAUGCAGCCUUAUUAUCACUGAUGAGGAUAGAUCUGAAACGUCUUUUACUGUCCCUGGUUUUCUAUUGUGAAACCAAUAAACCUUCAAUAAAUUAUGAGAAGACAAAAAUUCUGGUCUUCUCUAAUUCCCGGAAAUUACAGAAAUGGAAAAUAAGAGGAUAAGAAAUCCAGCAAGUCAAGAUGCACAGAUACUGUGGGAUUUUUUUUCCAGAGCAACUCAGGUUGAUCCAACCAUCGCACAAGUGCUAUAAAACAGGCAAAGUGUACCUCCUCAGCAGUAGCUCACUUUUAUUUUCAGAAAGAUAACCAAUUUAUACCAGCUACUAUUCAGAUUUUUCAAACUAAAGUGUUGUCCCAGCUACAUUUUGAGAUCCCAAUAUAGAUACAAGCAUAUAAUAGUCAUUUAGAUAAGAUACACUCAAGUUUCUUGAGACAUAUCCUGGGGCUCCCAAGUUCAAUCAAGUAUGAGACAAUGCGUUCAGAACUAGGUAUGCAGACAAUGGAAUAUUGGGUAUGGGCUAGCACUAUAAAAUACUAUUUGCGUUGCCAUUUUCAUUGCCAGCCUUUGAGUCUGCUUUCUGACUUACUAAAGGACUCUUAUAAAUCCAAUGGUUCGAACUCUUACAUAGCAGAAUUAGAUCUAUUGGUAUUGACUUGGAACUGUUGUAGAAUUCAAAUGAGCAAUAUAUUUAUCGCAAUAGUCAAACCAGAUUAAGGGACAUUGAAAAACAAAACAUCGAGUCAGCUGUAAAUAAAAUUUGCUUCCCCUAGUUAUAUGGAUUAAAUGCAACAGGAUCACUUAUAUUUCAAAAUAAAUAAUUCCAGUCCAGCCUUUACAUUAGCCUAACUGAACGUUUUCUCCUCAGCUUUUUCAAGGGCAGACAUUUAAACAUUUCCAGAAAUAAUAGACAUUGCAGAUGUUCUUUAAAUGUGCCAAACACUGUAGAACAUAUUCUAUUCUACUGUCCAUUGUACAACUAGCUACACAGAUGUGUGCUAUCCCCUUUUUGAGGAAGUGUAAUAUCACGGCACAGUGAAAAUAUCAGUUUUUAUCUGACGUUAACCUGGAAGUAACUGCAAGGGUCCUAAGUUUUUGUCAAUAGUAUAUCUUAGAGUGGUGAAUGGCACUAUUUAGUGGGAAGAAAUCCCAAUGAAUUCCUUGUUAUUAUAUAUUUUAAAUGUAUAUAUUUUUAACUUUUAUAUAUGGAUGUUUUUAUGAUGGAAUAUAUUUGUAAUGCCUAAUAAAGGUUUGGCGAAGUAAGUAAAGUAGAGCUGUCAAAACAAGCAGAAUUUUGCUAUAUAAAAUAAGUGAAUUUGCAUAUAGUUGCUGAUCUUAUUCUGCUUCUGCUAGUCAUGGGCAGGGUGCUGGAAAUAUGUUUAUUACUGUGGUUGCACUCAUCCCCCCGCCCCAGUUAUAUUCAGUGUGACGUUUGCAUUGGUAUUCUUCAGGGCAGCCUUGUAAAUAAGCUUCACAAAGGUUAUUUGCCUCAAACAUGUUGCUAUCCAGUGUGGUCGGCUACUCUGUGCUGGGUAUGAAAGAGGAUGCUUCUUUUCCUUGGCACCUAUUGGUUUCUGUGUGGAGCAAAAAAGAGUGCAGAACAUCCCAUCUCCUCCUACAAGGGUUGGAAAAUAGAAACUUUUAUGUAAACAAGCUUGGACACCCAAUAUACAAUCCACACCUCUCUUAAGGUAUUGAAUAUUCACUCUUAAAGAGUGUUUCUCUGGAGGGUGUAAAGUACAGCCGGUGCGGGUAGUAGCCUGCGGACAUGGUCUGGCCUUCUGAGAGUGCCAAGGGCUUGGUUCAGGAGUCUGGAGGGCUCCAUCCUCUUGUUUAAGAGAACAAUAAGAGACAGAAUGAAAAGUCUGAAUACACUGAAUUAUAACUAUCAGAUAAUCCUUUCUCUGAGAGACUUUUGUAAUCUCUGUUCUCUUUUCAACAUCUGGUGAAAAAUUUUAUAUUUUCCCCAGAUUCUUGUAUGUCUCUUAUGCCGCAAAUUUUAACUGCUGGCUGUGAUUUAUUUUUAUUGUUUAGGUGAGGGGCUGUAUUGAUAGGGAUCUGGGGAAUGAAGUGAAGGAACCAUUGAAAGCCUGCUUCACAGUUUGCUUUAUAUUUCGCAGAUAAAUACACUCACAUUUGCACUAACUGGCAUACUGUAGUUUUAACAGAGUUGGAUGUAGCCAAGACACCAUCUAAGCAUGUUGGAAUGGAAAGGCAACGCACAGGAGACUUGCAAAGGAGUUUGUGAGUGUCCCCUCACUUCCCCUUUCACCUCUGAUAUGGGGGGUGGAAAGAAGUAGUGCAGGGAAACUCACAAAGGGCAAGGGAUUUUGACAGGUGAGUUGCCCCUCCCACCUGUCAAAGUUGACCAAUGGGAGUCAAAAAUAUUCCCCACCAUAGUCUAAAGCUUAGACCUAGUGAUCAGGGUUAAUUAUAGUCCAGUCUCUAACCUUUCCCUUUUUGAGUAAAUUACUGGAGAAUGAGGUAGCUUUUGCCGGUUUUUUCUAAAGAGGAUACUGAUAAUCUGGAUUCCAACCUGGUUUCAGGAUGGAUACAUAUGUUAGGGAAUGAACUGGAUGAGUCCAAGCCAGUUGUAUUUUCUAGAACUCUUGGUAGCUUUCAGUAUCAUCAGCCAUGGUAUAAAUCUGAGUUUAGGAGGCACAAUCAUCUAUAUCAGGCAGGCACGAGGAGCUUCUCGGCCACGAGUCAAACAUAGGCCACCAAGGCUCCUCAUGACUAGGCUGAUGAUACUGGGAAGACCUGGGGAAAAACGGAAAAAUGGGGGGGGGACCAGGUUCUCCCCCCCCCAGCCUUUUUUUCAUGGGGGGAGGGUGGGGAAAAACCUCCCCCCCCCCAAUUUCCCCGCUUUUCCCCCAGGCCUUCCCAUCUCUACUCAUGACGUCAGAUGUGGGGCAGGUAACAGUGGGGAGAGGCACACUCCCAAUGGCUGAGUACUGCCCUUUGCAAGUGUCCUCACACUUCCCCUUUAAACUUCUGGCACUAGGAGUUUAAAGAAGUGUGGGAUGCCUUGCAAAGUAUAAAGCUGACAACUCCCCUUGCAUGACAGCUAACUGCUUUGGGACCCCACACAAGCGAUGUUGACAGGGCAGGAAAACCCAGCUACCAAUCAUGUGAAGUCAUAAUGGCAUGUGAUUGUGACUGUGAGUUCUGGAAGACAUGCUCCCUGCAUUGCAGGCAUUUUUCCACCUGGCCUGAGAGGGCAGUGGCUGGACUGACUCCAGCUACAAAAGCUGAGGUUUCUGAACAGAGUCUUGGGCUGAGGUAUUGUUGUAAAGGGCAGUGGUUAUUGUUUUUAUUAUUAAUUUUUUAAGAUCUUUAUUUUAGUUCUUAGUAUUUACAAGGAAAUUGUUCUGUUUGGUUGUGUACUUUCUGAUGUUUUAUUUAUUGUUUAUGACCACUUUUGUUAUGUUUGUAACUGUGUAUUUUUUCACAUUGUAAAGCACUGUGAACACGGAAAGGCGGCAUACAAAUAAAAUGAUGUAGGUAUGUAUGGAGCCAACGGGUUCCUCACCUCUGAUCUAUAAUAAACCGCUGGGGGAGGUCAUCUGAUGGUUGGGCUGUGCUGUCAACUUCAAGCCAUUUACAUGUACCUAAACUUCUCUUUCCCAUGUAGAAAUCUCUAGGAGCUUGUGGAACUUUUGAACAGGCCUAUGAAAAUGGUUGUACUGGGUGAGGGUGAACAAGAUGGAACAUAUUUCAGAUAAAAUGGACUCAGUGGGGGCUGGAAAGCCAGCCAGACUGAGUGGAGGUGUACACUUCUCUUGAUUGGCGUUUCACUACUAGACUACUGUAAUAUGCUGUAUUUGGGGCUGAUUUUAAUGGUGUUUCCGAAACUUUAAUUGCUGCAAAAUGUGGCAGCCUGGAUUAUGUUGGCAGUUGGAAUACUGGUUGUUCGUGCAUUUUGAAGCUCAGCACAAAGUGCAGAGAAAAAUAUGGCCUUACACUAUUUCUCGCACAGAAACGGAGGUUUCUGAUACACCUUAAGAGAGCUAAUCUGCACAUCAGAUCCUAAGGAAGGGACACCGCAGAGCCUUUGACAGUUCGAAUCACAAACACACUGUGUUCACUUUUACCCCUACCGUGAACAUGGUGUAUGUUGGCUGGGACAUGGGGCAUGUGUAAUCAUUCUUGUAGUAGCAUUUCGGCUGCGGAACUGCCUCCGAUGAGAGAGCUGUUUGUCCUCAUUGGGUGCUGUAAAAAUAAAACACACAGAUGAUAGAUGGAUAAAUGUCUCAAAUAAAUACAAUUGCAUUGGUCAGUAAUAAGCUUUUAAAUAUUCCACAUGAGUACAUGAAGAAAAAACUAACCUUAAUGCCACAUGUAACACUCUUGUUAAAGGUACUAGGGGUAGGUUAAUUUAUUUAUUUUAUGUAUGGGUAAGUCAAGGAAGUCAACACAGUGUGUGCCCAAGGCUAUUAUGUUGGAUUAGGAUCCUUAUUUGUGUACCUGUUUUUAAAUCUUUGCUUACUUAUAAAGUUCAGAGGGUAGCUGUGCAGAAGUUCCUGUUUCAUAUGGAAGCAGGGUUAUAAUUACGAAUCAAUGAUGUGAAGUUUCUGGAAAUUAAUGAAUUGAAAUAUUUUCAUAUGCAAAUUAGGAUAAAACAUAUUACAAAAUUUUCAGUUUGCUUUAGAAAACUUUCUCAUACCUUUACAGGGUGAUCUAAUUUACCAUGCUUAUUUCCCCUGUUGAAACUGCCAAGCUCAUCUAAUGCUAUAUUUGCAAUUGGCAUCCAUUCAUUGUUAAUGAACUUACAAACAUAUAAGAAAAAUAAAGCACUAGGGGGAAAAUCCACCCCACAUCACUGCUACUAACAUUGGGAAAAUCCUUAUUGUCAUUUGCUUCAGUAUUGUUAUAACAUCCCUCUCCCCCGCCCUUUCUUUUCUCUUUUCAGCAAAACCGAACAGGAAGCUUACAUUCUUGUAUCUGGCCAAUGAUGUAAUUCAGAACAGCAAAAGAAAAGGACCUGAAUUUACAAAAGACUUCGCACCAGUCAUAGUUGAGGCCUUCAAACAUGUUUCCAGGUACAAUUGUUCUCUUCCCCAACCCCAUGGAAAUUAUUUUUAUUGGAAUAUUUGGGAAUAUUUAUCACAGCAACUCAGUAUCGUACACUACCCUUUUAUUAGAUUUUUUGAAAGGAUGAAACUACUGAAAACUGUUUGCUGAUUUUUAGCAUACCUCAAAAGUGGUAUGAAUAACAGAUGUACUUUGCUGCGAUAAUAACCUGAAAAAAGUUAAUUGACUUUAGAUUUGAGUAUUACUGUUUAUUUAGCUCCAGUUGUCCACUUCAGUAUGUGUUUUAUUCAUUCAUUAUGUUUCUAAUCAAGGCAAUGAAAGAUAGCAUUUCUAAAAGUGGAUUUUUUUCCAUACAUAAAAGCAGUAGUAGAAAAAUGGUUUGCAAAGCCUUCUAACAAUAUCAUACAUAGUUUGUUGACAUACAUAGUAACAUUACAUUGUAAGUUAAUUAGAAUAUUGAAAUGAAUUUUGAUGACAAGGCUCACAAAUUUGUCUCCGUUAGUGUCACCAUUGGCUUAUAGGAAUAAGAUGUCAUUUUGAGUCUUUUGUGUUGAGCAGUAGUUGUAACAAACUUAAAUGUAACUCUGCAUAAGUGGAGCACGUAUGAAUUGAAUAUCAAAUAAUCUUUGUUGUAUUGACAGGUUAUAGGUUUAUAAGUCACCAUGUAGGAAAGAGGAAUGUUUUAGCUGUUACUUCUUCUUUGGCAAUCACGCAUAGCUGAGUAAGAUUGUCUUACAACUGUUUCCAAACAAAUCAAAAGAAUACAUUAAUAUGGGGAUUUCAGUCUAAACUUCAUUUACACAGAUCUAGUAUCAUGGCCACAAAUAUUUAGAUUGGUAACAAGCAAUCAAGGAACUGUUCAGUUCUGUGUAUCAGGAAGGUAUGAUGCUUUCAAUUUCUUGUGAAGUGUUGCUGAGUAGAAAAGUUUUUUGGAGACUUUUUUUCUCUCUCUACACCUUUAUGAGAAUACUCCCUCCUCCCCCCCCCCGAAAGCCACAGAGUGGUUGGUCUUAUGCUUUACAGGUUUUAGUGAGCUAUUUGAAGCAGGAUUGUUGAAUCUUAGUAAACUGGGAGAUGAAUUCUGUUUACCUAGCUGAACAUUCAGCUGUUUAACUACCCCAACAUUCUAUUGGGAUGUGGUGACUUGAAAUUUCAUACAUGGUUUGGUUUGGAUUCUGGUAUCUGUUAACUCUGCCUUACCUUGCCAUGUAUUAGUGCUGUAUUUGCUUUUUCUCCCUACCACAGCGAGACUGAUGAGAGUUGUAAGAAGCACCUGGGUCGAGUGCUGUCGAUUUGGGAAGAAAGAUCUGUUUAUGAAAACGAUGUAUUGGAACAGCUUAGGCAGGCUUUGUGUAAGUAAAUUUCAGCUCAUACAACUUUAUUUUUUAUGCUUCACAUAUCUUUCCAGCAGAUUUUUUAUGUCUCUAAUUUUAUUCUCUCUAAUUUCUAGAUGGCGAUAAAAACCCAAGAAAACGCCCAUAUGAACAGAUAAAUGUGGAAGACAAUAAUUGCUCAACACAAAGUUCUCCAUGUGACCCUCCACAGGUAGAAAUAAUCUGUGAAAGUGAAAACGUAGCUGGAGUGUUGGAUUUACUAUCUCCAAACAUUUGAUUUGGUUUUUUAAAGCAGGUGUGUGGAAUCUCCAGCCCCUGAGCCUAAUUAUGUCUGGCACAGUUCCCAUUUUGACCCAUGUAGCAAUUAAAAAAAAACCCCAGUGCUACGAGAAGGACUUUGAAUCCAAGUUGCCUCCCCUCCAGAAGGAGAAAUGCUCAACUUAAAAGGGGCUCCCUGUGACCUCUGAUUGGCAGUUACAGUAUCCUUCUUUCCAUGUUGACAGGUGUCAGGCAACUGACAUUAUAAUAGCAGGUGAUUGACAGGCUGAUCCUACCCAGUUGGGUGGUAGAUGGGGAGAUUUAGAAAUGUAUCCUGAAAGGGACUGCAUGUGGGCACAUUUUCCUGCUAUGGUGACAGUCUGGGUAGAAGUGGCUAGUAAUAAUCUUUGCUCCUUCAGUAUGAAGCUUUACUCCAAUAUCAUUGCUGGUAUUGAAUAACUGCCUUGUAUAGAGCUUUGCUGCAUAGAUGGAUAUUGGUGCAAUAUUGCCCAUCUAAUAUGUGUAUUGUACAUAAAUGAGUCUGGAUAUGGGGGGCAGGGAGAAUGUUUCGUCACACUACCGUGUUAUAAAUUCAUAGGGCAAAAUGUUUUUAACCUUUCAGCAAAAAGCAUGAUAAAUAAUGUAUGAAGCCUUUGCAGUAGUUUAGAUAGUAUCCAUCUUGUGAAUAAUACAGUUUCUUAAAACAUUUGAAAAUAUGAAUAGUAGUAAGUUGCUUGGGGCUGAAAUUCUUAAGAGAAGAAGAUUUACUUUCAAAUCAGUAUCUGUUAAUCCUGGGUAUUGUCAAAAUAGAUUCUUCAUUGUGAUUGCCAUGGACAAGUAGAUCUAGGGAAAAUGAAGAAGCAGGAGUCCACACAGUUGUAGGGAAAUGUUUAGUCUAUUUUGUAUUAAAAUGUUAUGUUCUCACAGAGGUCAUCAUCGUUCCCUUUGUUUCCGAUGCUCAGGCUGUAAGUGCUGUUGCAGCUUGGGGGAACCCUGAGAUUUGCAGUAGUGCACAGAAAUGUUUCAAGGAAAUAGCCUAAGUGGGGGGUGGACACCAAAACCAACCUAAUAAGGACUAAACAUAUUCAGUAACCACAGAAUGCUGUCUAUCUGGAAAAGAAAACCUGCUUUUUGGUAUAAGAAUGACAUGGAGCAUCCAGGAAAAAGCAGUGGCUGGUUUGAUGGCACCCUCAAUAGGAGCACUCCACACUGCAAUAUUUUGAUGCAGGUCCCACUGUCUAAAAAAGAAAAAUCAGUGCUUUAGGUUCUUGUCUCCAGUACUGUUGCAUUAUAUGUUGAUACUUGGUUGUUUUUUAAAGUAUACUUUCUCCCUCAUAGACUGCAGAUCUCAUAAGAGCAUUGCAAGAGUUAGAAAAUGCAGCCUCUGGGGAUGCAGCAGUUCAUCAGAGAAUAGCCUCAUUACCUGUAGAGGUUCAAGACGUGUCCCUGCUUGACAGAAUAACAGGUAAGGGAAGUAGUACCAUUGGCAGACAUGUAGCUCAUGACAGAAUGUUAGGGCUUGCCAAGAUGAUUUAUAAUGUGUUGAAUUAUGAAUAUUGUUUUUCUUUCUAGACAAAGAAUCAGGAGAGCAGCUUUCCAAGAUGGUAGAUGACGCAUGUAUGUUGCUGGCGGAUUACAAUGGCAGGUUGGCAGCUGAAAUAGAUGAUAGGAAACAGCUAACUCGGAUGUUGUCAGACUUUCUGCGAUGCCAAAAAGAAGUCCUCUCAGAGAAAGAGCAAACAUUGGAAGUGCGUGACUUUGUUGUGGUAGUUCUAUUCUCUAGCUUUUCUUAAUUAAAAUGCUUGACCAUGUUUAAACUUCCCUUACAGUUUAGAUCUAGGUAUUAGGUCUGUUUUCUCUAUCUUUUUCUUUCCAGCAGGUGACUAGGAGGGCUUCUGUCACUUGAAAUUUUAUUCACCAUUUAAUGAUUAAGUAUUUACCGAUAAUCUUAUUGUAUAUACCAGUCUGGGGGGGGUGGAGGGAAUAGGUGUUAAGAUUUGACAUUUAACAUGUUAUAAAUUUCAAAUGACUCCUUGGACAUGUUUGAUAUUGGUAUAUAUAUUUAGUUCAUAAUUUCCCAGUGAUUUAUUUCCCAGAAUACAUUACAGUGCAGUCCUAACCAUGUUUAUUCAAAUGCAAGUCCUAUUUAAUUCCAUGGAGGUACAGUCCCAGGUUAGGGUUGCAGCCUUAGUUGCACUUGGUUCUCACCAAAAACAAUGUGACUUUGUUAGGACUACCGCAUUUUUCGCUCCAUAGGACGCACUUUUUCCCCUCCAAAAAUGAAGGGGAAAUGUGUGUGCGUCCUAUGGAGCGAAUGCAGGCUCCUCGGCUUCGCGGCGAGGCGCCUGACCUGGAAGGUGGAGGAGGAACAGAAGGGUCUCCUUCUGUUCCUCCUCCCGCUUCGCAGCGAUGCGCCUUUCCAGCGAAGCCGGAGGAGGAACAGAAGGGUCUCCUUCUGUUCCUUCUCCAGCUUCGCUGAAGGGCGCUGCGCUUUCUCUCUCUGCACAGAGAGGGAGAAGGCGCAGCGCCCUUCAGCGACGCGCCUGUCCUGGCUUCUGCUUUAGCCCUGCGCAGCCUCUUCGGGCAGGGGGAGCCUUCAUCCCGCUGCCCUGAAGAGGCUUGGCGCGGUUAUCCCAGAAGCCAGAACAGCCACACAGUAUCCCAGAAGCCAGAUCCCUCUUGCUGUUCUGGCUUCUGGGGUUCAGAAUAAGUUUUUCUUGUUUUCCGCCUCCCAAAACUAGGUGCGCCCUAUGGUCCUGUGCGCCCUAUGGAGCGAAAAAUACGGUAAUUUUUCCCAUUGAUUUCAGUAGGACCGAAGUUGAAUUCACUUAGCCUAGAUCCAACCCAUAGUCUCCACUAGCAAGUCUGCACAAGAAAGCUUUUGGUGAAUUAAGCUAGAUGCAUAUUUGUGAAUCUUAAUAGGAUACACAUAUGACUUUAAAAAAUGAGUUUUAUAUGCUGGUGAAACAGGUUAAUGAAAUGAGGAUUAUUUAUUUUAAUUUUCUUUUCUCAGAUGUAUAUAACUAUUAUUCAGUAGUAUAUUAUUAUUAUUAUUAUUAUUAUUAUAAUAUAAAUAUAUUCUAAUGAAUGUUCCAACAGCCCUAGAUGACAGCUCUGUGUUCCUACUAUGGUGGUGCUUGUUUUUUGAGGGGUGGUAGUGGAAAAGCAUUAGGAUAUUACCUAAAUUAAGGUAGUUUGUCAUGUUGAGUUAUGUGCAUACUUGGUUUUCCCCCCUUCAGUUAGGGAAGUAACAAUGUUAGUUUUAGCAGAGAGCUAUUUAUAAGAGUUGCAUCUAUACUGACAAUUUCUGUUUUGGUUUAAUAGCUUAAAAUUAGAUCCGCAGUACAUAAUGACCCCUUCCUAAAAUUAAUUGUGCCUUAAACAUAACAGCAAUAACUUGUUACAAAGUAGAACAAACCCAAACAUUGUUCAUUAAGGUUCCUCUAACCUUCAUGUGGGUAAGUAUUGUCUUACAGAUAUUUUUUUUAAUCCAGCUUCUUUAACAACUAUCUAGCUUUUGUUUCAGGUGAGGAGCAUGGACCAUAUCUUCUAAUGGUGGCAUCUUCCAUAAGUAAUGCAUCCUGCUAAAAAUAAAAUUCAGAAUCAAAAUCCUGCUUUGUCUCAUGUUUUUGAAGAUUGACAAAACAUACCUGCAGAUACCUUUUGAUGAUACUAGGCAUAUGUUGCAGACACCAUCUAAACAAAGUGGAAUACCUAAAGCAAGCCACAUAGCUGCCAAUUUAAUAUUAAUUUGCUGUUCAUUUUUGCUAGAAAUUUGAAGGCUCAAUUUUAUUGAAUUUAAAUUACUAAUUCCUCAAGCAUUCCUGAUAGAUUGCAGCUGUUUAGAAUUAAAAUAUGCAUAUUGAGCCCAAGAGCCUUUAGCAAGAAUGCUUGAGUUCACUUAUUGCUAGCAACAGAGGAAAUUUUAUGUGAUCUGUUGAGGUGAUGUUUACCCUGUGCUGAACUUAAUCUCUGUUGACAACCACUAUAUCACAUUAGCAGUAGCUGAUCCCUUAUAGUCAUAAGUACUAUAUUUUUAUCUAAUUCAGUAUUCUUUUAAUAACAGCAGCUGCUUGCGUUUUGAGUAGCUCACAAACGGCAUGAAGGCAAUUCUCCCUCCUUGGUGGUUUCUCCCCAGAUAUUUAGAGGUGCAUUGCAUUGCAACAGGGUGGUUCCAUUUAGCUUCCAUUUUUAAGAGUCAUUGUCCUAUCUUCAUGAAUUUAAACCUUUCUAAAGCCCUCACCACAUCUUUUGAUAGUGAAUUUAACACAUGAUGUCCCACUAUGCUGAAGUUAGCAGGUCUGAGCCUAAUCAGUGUUCGGAUGUGCACUGCCUUGAGUUAUAUAAUGGAAUAAAGGUGGGGAGUGGAGAAAAAAAGGCAGAAGGGUCUUUUCCUGGCUAGAAAUUCACCACAUGUCAUGCAAUCAAUAGUUGCCAUUAUCUUAAUAUAUGGCCAUAUGAAUUUGCCCUUGUUGCAUGUACCGUUUUGGCCCAAAUAUGUCACACCUGAAUAUAAGCUGCACCUUUAAAAGUCAAGGGGGGGGGGAGGAGAGACAAUACCCGAAAAUAAGCCGCUCCCUUAAAAUUCCGCAGGCACUCACACCUGUUCCAUUUUACUCUGUCUGUUUCAGCAGUGAUAGCGUAAAAGCCCAUUUUUGUAAGGUCGCAAAUUUAAGCCGCACUUAAGAAUUAUCUAAUCAGAAUUUGGGGAAAAAAGUGAGGCUUAUAUUCAGGGCAAUACGGUAACGGUUGGUUUUUUCCAACUUUGGCUCUAUCGUGGUACAUAUACCAGGAGUGGUAAGAUUGAUCUAACUGAUUUGCAUAGCUGCAAUUUAACAAUGUUAAAUGUGCAUGCAUCCAUUGAAAUAAGUCAGCCUAAUCAUUUGUGCUCCCAUGUGAAUAGCAAGCUGAAACCAUUCUUUCACAACUUAAAACCUGUGAAAAGGGAUUGUAGUGCCUGUCAGUCAAGCAUGAAGAGAGGGUUUGCAUAAUACAGGGUAAAGAAGAAAUUCCAUCUCUCUGUGGGGCCCUUUGUGGAGUCACUUUAGUGGAGGUUGGGCCACCCAUGUCAGAGUGAUGGUCCAAUUUUGCAGCUAACACAGCAGUUGUGAUAGAAUUUAACUUCAUUGUGAUUAAAAAAUAGAAAUAAAACUUUCACACCUACUUGCUCUCUCAGUGCGAGCAGAAUAACUUAGGAGGUUUUGACAGUAAGCUAUUGUCUGCAAGUGUGGCAUGACAUAGGAAAAUAUAAAUUAAUGUGAAUGGCUAUUAGCUAUUAACAUUGGUACAUUUAGGGGCAACAUUGGGUGGAAAUGAAAGCUGCCUGGUGAACUCAGUGGUAGGCCAUGGGAGAAGCCCAUCUGUACCCGGAUAUCUCCACGUUGGAGGCAGUUUUCAAGGGCCAAGUGGGAACUUUGAAAAACGGCUGUUAGUAGGCACAUGCACAUAAUUAAGUAAAUAAGUAAGUAAAUAUACCACACCCUCCCCGGCCAAGACCAGGCUCAGGGCGGCUAACAUCAAAUAUCAAAUACAUUAAAACAAAUGAUUAAAAUACAGCUUAAAAAUUAGAAUCAGGAUAAAAUUAAAUGACUGCCCAAGAAUCACAACCAUAGGGGUCAGCUAUCCAUGUUUGUCCCACAUGAGCCAAUAAAAGGGCUAAAGAGGUAACUUACAGGGUCCCAUAGAGGGGGGUCAAACGGCCCGGACCGAAGGCCAGGCGGAACAGCUCCAUCUUGCAGGCCCCGUGGAAGGAUGUCGAGUCCUGCAAGGCCCUGGUCUCCUGUGAUAGAGCCAUAAAUAUACAUUAAUCAGGUGGUGGGAAGAAUAAACAGAAUCUUGUGCUGAUAAAUCAAACUUCUGUGCAGGAUAGAUUAUGUAACUUCUUAAACAAUUAGUUUUGCAUGCUUCCUUCCCCACUUUCCUCUACUUUGGAUUCUUGUGGCUCAUGUCUUGUCAUAGAUUAUAGGAAGUGGAGUGGAGAAAUGGAAAAAUUGCAGCGAGUAGCAUGCUAGGGACAGAGGAUGUAGAAUUCCUUACAGCCCUUCCCAGGAUUUCUGUAUCGUGCAUGUUCAUGAUGCAUGGUACAAAUCUGUUUCUUCUGGCAACACAUCUGAUUUUUGCCACCUCCAAGAAAGGCAACCUAUUUUUAUUCAUCUUGUCAUUGAUUAUCAUCUAGACAGACUUCCAACUGCCCUUCCCCGAGCCCCCAUCUUUCUGUAAUAUCUUCAGAUUCCUUGUUUCACUGGGUGGUAUUCCAUGUUUCUGCAUGUAGUGAUGACUCCUCCCAAAUGAAGAUACUGCACUAUGUAGGGUAGUUUCUGGUAGGUAGCUGUGUUGGUCUGACGUAGUCGAAAUAAAAAAAUUAAAAAAUUGUCCAGUAGCACCUUAGAGACCAACUUAGUUUGUUCUGGCUAUAAGCUUUCAUCAGAACAAACUUAGUUGGUCCUUAAGGUGCUACUGGACAAUUUUUUAAUCUUUUUAUGUAGGGUAGUUUUUGGCUUCCAGGGGUUGUAUGUUGUCAUAUCAAAGCUGCAGCCUAAAAAGUUUGAAUUCAGGUUGGUAAAGGCUGACAACUGGUUCAGUAUGCUUCUGGAUUCAGGUCAGUUCCAGUCCAUAUAGGGAAGUGUACGAUUCAUACUUCAAGUUAGUGUGAACCACUACAAGGUUGGAACAAGUUGCCUUUUCCCCAGACCCACCCUCUUCUUCUGAUCAUAAAUUUUUAAAACUGAUUUGUAUCAUUGCUUUUGCACAGUUGUAACCUUCCCUUGGUAUUCAUGGUAAAGGGCAAAUAAGAAAUUAAUAACAAUUUAUCUAAUUUUGUAACUCAUAAGCUCCAUGAAGAAUGUAUGAAAUAAAAAUAGCAUUCAGUAUUAACAGUUGUACUAAAUUCCAGUAAAUUAUACCCUUAACCCUUGAAAUGGCAGGCCUUCUGCCUUUUACUUCUCAGACUCUUAUAAGGAACUAAUGUAGAAACCAAAUCAAUCCCAAUCAAGGUACAGUCGUACCUUGGAAGUUGAACGGAAUCCAUUCCGGAGGUCUGUUCAACUUCCAAAAUGUUCUGAAACCAAAGCACGACUUCUUAUUGGUUGCAGGUAGGUCCUGCAGCCAAUCGGAAGCCGCGGAAACCCCAUUGGACGUUCCGGUGCCAAAGAACGUUCGCAAACCAGAACACUCACCAGUUUGCGGCAUUCAGGAGCCAAAAUGUCUGAAUACCAAGGUGUUCGGGAUCCAAGGUACAACUGUAUGGAAUUGUAGAGUUGGAAAGGACCCACAGGGUGAUCUGGUCCAAAUGUAAAACAAAAAAAAAAUGUAAAAUGUACAUAUGAGUAGGAAUAAAGGCACUUUUUCAGGUUGAAGCUAGUGAGUAUACUACCGCACACGAACCCUUUAGUCUGGUGACAAAUUAAUCUUUAUGGUUCAUAGAAUUAUAGAGUUGCAUGGAAAACAAAUUUCAUCUGUUCCAACCCCCUGCAAGAUUCUUUUGUCCAAUGUGAGGAAGGGAACCUAUGCCCUUUUAAAAUGUGGGAUGGGAGGGGAGUUAUUGGGUUGCACUGAUUACAGUGGUACCUCGGUUUUCGAACAUCUCUGUUGACGAACAUUUCGGUUUUCGAAUGCUGUAAACCUGGAAUUAAAUGCUUCAGUUGUAGAACAUGCCUCGGAAGUUGAACACGCCAUGCAACUUCCACUGAGUGCAAGAUCCUGAGACCUAGCUGUCGGCUAUUGAGGUUUCGGUUUUUGAAUGUUUGGAACAGUCUUCCAGAAUGGAGUACUUUCGAAAACCGAGGGACCACUGUAUAUAUUUUGUGGUUUUAUAUUUUGAUUUUGUUCUGUGAACCGCCCUGAGACCUCUGGGUAUAGGGCGAUAUAUAAAUUCAAAUAAUAAUAACCCACAACUCUGAGAUUAAGAGUCUCCUGCUCUGUUGACUGAGCUAUCAGGGAGAUCUAGCCAAAUAAUGAUUCAGGCUUUCUUCUGGCACAGGUUUUUGGUUCAUUUUAGCUCCCCACAUAUACUUUGCCACAUAUACUUUCCCUGUGAAGGGAAUAAGCUCAUCUUUUUAUAGUAUAAGGCAAGUAAGGUUGCAUUUGUAUGUAUACUAUGUUUUAGGUAGAUUAUGCCUUGCCACUGAUUAUUGCGCAGUUGUAGCCUUAGCCUCUAUUCUCUCCCCCUUCUGAGUCACUUAGCUAUGGAAGGCUUUCAGUUGUAUCCAGUACAGUUCUAAGUAACCAUCCUGACAGCACAAGGAUUUCUUUUUGUGCAGCCAGAUUUCUCCUACUUGCCUUCCCCACCCCCUCCCUAAAUCUGUUUUAGGGGUUCGCCCAGUCCUCCAGAGCAGAUUUGUGAAGAGCGUGGCAGGAGGGAGGAAGUUCUGCUCAAGCAGAAGCCCUUGUGCUGAUGGGACACUGGAUUGCAAGCCUCGGAGGUCAUGGGAAGUGGAGGCCGAGAAGAAUACCUAGACUUUCUCUCCACAAGUACACCAGUGGCUGCUUACCCAGUCACGGGGUGGGCUGUAGUUGUAGCCUGUUGUGGCUAUCCCUCUCGCCCCCUUGUGGGCAAAAGGCCUUGUGGAUUGCCCUAUAGCCUACCAUCCACAAAUUUGAACUGCCCUCUUGGGCAAGUUGGGGGGUGGACCAGAGUGGGGAAGUCUUCAGUCCGCUGCUACAACACUGCCUCCUUUGGAGGGCAGGUGCUCAAAGUGACUGCAGUCAGUCUGCCAUGCUCCACCAGGGGCACUCUGGAAUGGGGCUGAUGACCCUUAAGCCAAAAAGCCGAGUGCUGUCUAUGGAGCAUGAUAUGAUGGCAGUUUCAUAGCAUCAUAGAAUUGUAGAGUUGGAACAGACCCCAAGGGUAAUCUAGUGCAGCCCCCUGCAAUGCAGAAAUCUCAAUACAUAGUCCCCCGUCCAGUUUGAAACCAUUCUGGACCCUGCUUAGUUUUGCAAAUGUGAUAAUAGUUUUAUUGUGCUACUAGGAGGUUUAUCCUGCUUGUUUUUUCUCUAGAGCCCCAGAUGAUAAGACAUGGCAUAAACCUGAGCACAUAAUAAGCCCCCUGCUGGAUUAGUCCAAAGGUCCAUGUAGUGUAGCAGUCUGUGCUCACAGUGGAUUACUAUAUUCCUGUUGGAAUCCCAUAAGCAGGAUAUGAGUGCCCUAGCCCUCUGUGAUCUCCAGCCAUUUUGCCUCUAAUACUGAACAUUUUACAUAACCAUCAUGAGUUGUAGCUACCGAUAUGCAAAGUCAUGGAGAAUAAGGCUAAUUCUCUUCAAAGCUGACCCAAGUUGGUGAUUAUUUUGUGAAUCCUAGCAUGGAGGCAGUUGCAUACAUGCCAUGUCCUCAUGGGCAGCAUUGAAGGGCUACUGACCCUAAAGCAGAGGGGGGAGCAUGUGUGCCCUGGAUGUAGAACUGCCAUAGCAUUGCAUUUGUUUGUUACCCAUGUGCUCAUCCAGGGGUUGUCAAUACUUCUCGCUUUCUGUGAUAGACAAGUUGCAUGCUUGGUUUGCUCUUCUCCAUAAGCACCUCAGGGUAUAAUAGUAGAUACAGCUCACUAGUAAAUUCCUAGCUGGCAGUUCUGUACAAGGGAUUAAUGCACGGAUACCCAAAUUUCUGGCUCUGAGAUAGACAUAUAUGUAAGUUCUUUCUAAAUAUAGCAAAGAAUUAUUAUUAUUUUAAAUGACCAGAGAAUCAAAGCUGAUAGAAUGUUGCUAGAAUAAAUUUCUUCUCAAAAGACCAAGUAGCCCAUUGCAUAUUAUUUAUCUUUUAAGUAUUUUUAGGUGUUGACCGCAAUCCUAUUUUUGACUAAUGCCAUUUUCCCCAACAUUUUCCACUCUGGCCCUUAAAAUGUAUAAGAAAGCAGUGGCCCUUCAGAUGCUGUUGAACUCUGUCAUCAUUCCCUGACCAAGCUGACUGGGGCUGCUGGGAAUGCAACAACAUCUGGAGUGACACACGUUGACCACUCCUGCUUUAAAAAUACAAAGCAAAUACAUUUUUGUCACAAAGCAAAUACAUUACAAUCUCAGUAAAUUGUACAUGCUGAGUGUUCGAGAUUUAUGAAUGGUGGGUGGUUUGUGGCCUCCUUACAGGUGGCCUGAGAGACCCCCACAAGGAUAGACUGUUGAAGGCUCUUUCUAGAGUAAAUAAAAUUUAAAAUCCACCUCUGGACUCUGGUGUAACUAUUAAAAUGUGUCAGGGUGAAGAGAAAAAGGAAGCAUUGUCAGGUAAGGGAUAGGAGUUCCUGGAUUUCCAUUUCUAUGGGCUAUCAGUCAAUUCAGUACUAUAACAAAAUUGCAAAUUGUAGCUGUUCUUGGUAGGCAACUUUUGGUUUUGAUCAUGACUGUUCUGCUUUCUUCCCUGAAGGCUGUUGCAUCCUGAGCCUUUCCUCCAUGUGGUUUCUUAGCAACAACAGUUUGGUAUACUAGCACAAGCUCCCCCUCAUGCCAUGCUUUCUUCAGCUAUUGGCCUUCCCUUUACUAGGCCACCCCACCUGUACUUAUGGAAUCAUGACCUCUUCCCAACAGCAGGAUCAAAAAAUGUACCCUGCACAUGGCAACCACUCAGAUCCAUUCCCUGCCACCUGUCCUUGAAGCCACAUGUGGUGGGUUGGUAGAGCCUAGCAAGAGCUGCAUUGUUGUUGAGCACCUUGCUGAUCUCAGAGGUUGCCAGAAUUGCAUUUAUACCCACCACUUCUAGAUUUGUAGGAAUGAUUAUUCUACCCUGUCUAUUCAAGCCCAGCUGAGUCAAAGAGCCAGCAGUCUUUCAAGCUGCCUCAUGUAGUCAGUGGAGGUCUUCUGAGAACAAACCAGAAUAGUAAACUUCAUUGCAGCAAAAUGUAAGAAGUGUUGGUUUGAACACCAAAAUAUGGCUUCAGAAGCCGGAUUCUUUUAAUGCAGUGUCUUUCAAUACUUUUAUCCUGUUCCAGUUUGUCUGUUGUUGCCUCAGGGCUGCUUGAAGCUUUUAGAAGUGUGUGUGAGGGGGUGAUCUUCAUUAGUUGUCAUUAAAAUACUAGGUGAGAGCCAAUGUAAUUUAGCUCUUUGAGUUGAUUUCUAAAGCUUUCAAAAUAUUUUAGAUUGGUCUGUAAAAGAAGGCUUUCCUGAUGUUAGACUCCCAACUCUCAUUAGUUUCAGCUAGCAUAACCAAUGGCCAAAGAUGGUGGCAAUUGGACCACAGCAACAUCUGCACUGCCACAGCCCCACUCUAAAAGUAUUUAAAAUAUGUACUGUACGGCCUCCUCUUUGCUACCAAAAAGGCAUCCCACAGUGGGUUUCAACCAUAAAGCAUUAAAAACAAGCAUAGUAAAAGCAAAUUAGAAACAUCAGUGAAAUUUCAUCACAUCCAACUGAGUGGACAGCAAAUCGCCCAGAGGCCUGAGUAAAUAAAUAGGUCUUUAGCUGGCACAGAAAACUAAAAACUUAGCACCGGCCUUCUAGGAAGGGGGUUGCACAGUUGGGGUGCUUGCACUGGGGGUGCCCUCUUCCAUGUCACUGCAUACUGAAUUUUGGGCACCACCAGAGGGAUAUCCUCUACAGAUCUUUAAAGCACAAGCAGGACUAUAUGGGAUGCAGGUUCUCUGCCAGGUUUCUAUGUCCUAAGAUGUUUAGCUGUUUUAAUGUCAAUACAAGCACUUUGAAGCCGAUUCAGUAGCAGCGGUAGCCAGUGCAGUUUCUAGCAGGCUGCCAUGUUCUGCACCAUGUAGAGUACAUUGCAGUUGUCCAGACUUAGGGUUGUUAGUGCAUGGGAUGAACUAUCCCCAUCCAGGAGCAGUAACAGUUGCUGCGCUAACUGAAGCUAGUGUAAGGUGGUUCUCACCAAGGAAGCUACUUGUGCCUCCCAUAAAAUGCUGAAUCCAGGUGGACCCACCAAGCUAUGUUCCUGUUCUAUGAGAGGGAGGGUGGCCCAGUUCUGAACCGGCAAUAUUCCCAAUUUCCAAACCUGGGAAUGCUCACUUACAGUGCUUAUCAGGAUUCAGCCAGAGCUUAUAGGCUUUCAUCCAACUCACCACUGUGUUGAACCACUGACCAGAACCCAGACAGUGUCUCCUGACUAAUGAAACUGAAGGAGCUGUAUUGACAUGUUCCAGCACCUUGCCAGAGGAGCUGAAUCAGAGUGGAGAGGCAUAAUUUUUGUGCCCCCUUCUGGGCCUUCACCCUUAGCAGGGAGUCAGCCUGUCCAACCCCUAGGUAUGCCCCUGCAUCAGCAUCUUGGUGACAUCUCACUCCAGAUCUAAUGAGCACUCCUAGUAGCUUCAAAUAGAUAUUAAACAGCACUGUGGACAGAAUGGGACCAGGCACCUGCAGCAUAACUGCCAUAGAGCUGAGGUACAGUCUCCCAAUUCUAUUUUCUGGAAAAUGGCCCUGCAGGUUGAAAUGGAACCACCACAAAACCAGCAAUGUCACUCUUUUCAACCUUCCUAAUAAAGGACUUCCAUCAGGACAAUCAGAGCUGAUCUGGUUCCCAACCUGGAAUGAAUCCAGAUAAUUGGUUCCAUCCAAAAGCAUUAAGAGCUACCACCCUCUAGAGCAGCGGUUCUCAACCUUUGGGUCCCCAGAUGUUGGACUACAACUCCCAUCAUCCCUGAGCUCUGGCCUUUCUAGCUAGGGGUGAUGGGAGUUGUAGUUCAACAACAUCUAGGGACCCACAGGUUGAGAAAGGCUGCUCUAGAGCACUUACCCUUAAAAAGGAAUUCUUGCAACCAAGCGAUGGUUGUCAAACACUUCUGGGUUCUACUUGGGUUUCUUGGGGAGCAGGCAAACUAUAGCCUCCAUGAGGACUGCAGGCACCCUCCCCUCUUGCACAGAUGUAUUCACCACACAUUGGAAUCGCCUGGUUAAUCCCCUCCGGCUGGAUCUAAACAGGACAAAGGGUGAGAGGAUGUGGUUGGCUGAACAGCCUCUAGCAUCUUAUGCACAGCCAUUUUUCAUUUGUUAUGUUUAUGUCCCACCCUUUCUCCAAGGAGCUCAAGAAGAUGUACAUGGUUCUCCCUCUCCCUGUUUUAUCCUCAUAGUGACCUGUGAGGUAGGUUAGGCUGAGAGACAGUGAUUGUCCCAAAGUCACCCAGUGAGUUUCAUAGCUAAAUGGAGAUUCGAACUUGGGUCUCCUGGGUACAAUAUUCUAGGUACUACACCACAUUGGCUCACACUGUUGUUCUUUGUGACCUAUUAGUGAUUAUACAAGUUAACCAAACCAUCAGUUAAUCAUUGUACACAAAGGUCCCGAUACAGCUCUAGCCGUGCAUAAAAACAUAUUGAUUUGCAACUAGUUUUCCCAGAACGUACAUGAGGAUGUGCAUUCAAAUGCUCAACACAUGGAAUGAUGCAUUGUGGACGGACACUGGAUGAGCAUUUGGAUCAACAUCCAGUUUUCACCUGUGAUUUUUGACCAAAUGAGUGAGAAGUUGGUGAAAGCAAAAACUGGAGGGUACUGUGUUAUGUCAUAGAAUAGUUUCUCUUCCUGCUGUUAUCUCUGCAGUUUGAAUUUGUUUACUCUUCUCCACUCGCAGCUCUGGCUUUGGGGCAAUGACAGCUCCUAAAGCCAUAGCUAAGAAGGACUGUGAGUUCACAUACAGCACUAAACUACGGUCAAAGUUCUCUAGUGUUUAAAAAACCAACUACGAAUGUGGUUAAUGAGCAACCUUUAACCAUAGUUAUUAAACCAUAGUUAAAUUGCUGGGCUGGGUUUGCACAUAGCACUAAGCUAUGGUUUAAUAAAUCAUGGAUUAGCAUUAUGUGUGAACCAUGCCACUUUGCGGGGCUGCCUUUGAACUGUGUUCAGAAGCUUCAACUGGGAAUAAAAUGUAGCUGUAAGAGUUUCAAACAGAACCUGUUGUAGCAACAGAUAAAUGUCUACUGGCUUCAUGUUUGCUUCUGGAACCAAUUCAAAGUGCUGAUAUUAUCCUUUAAUGCUCUAUAUGACACAGACUAGGAUAUUUAAAGGACCCCUUCCACACGUACACAGUUGCUCUUUCUUUGGUCUGCACAAAUGCACAUGCUACUGAUCAUGCCUUUAGAGACUAACUGGGUGGGUACUGAGGACUGACCUUUUCUAUUGUCACAGCCAGAUUAUUGAACUCUCCUUCAGGCUGUCCACCUGACACACACCCCAUGUCCACUUCUGUUUUCCUCUGGUUUCGUUUGUAACUUCUCUGCUGAUAUAAAUUCUGCUAGGAUUACAAUUAUUUUGUACUGUAUUUCUUUGCUUCAUAUGCAUUUUUCACUGCUUUUGUAUUCAGAGAAAAGUGGGCUUAUGAAUACCAAUUGUUGGGCAUUGUGAGUAGAGGAGUAAUAUUAUGCUCCUGUCUUUCUUGUGGGCUUCCCUUACUCAUUGUUAGCUCCUGGAAGAACAGGGUGCUGAAGUAGAUAGGCCUUCUGAUCCAGCAGGGUUCUUCUUAAUUUUUUUUAAUAGAAAUUGAUGCUCCUUAGAUUAGGAUAGCACUUAAACACAUUCUACUUAAGGUAAAUAUUGGAGAGCAAAAAAUUGCUGGGUUGGACCAGUAAAUGAAAAAGGGACAUUUGUUCCUAUACAGUCAUACCUCGGGUUGAAUGUCCUUCAGGUUGAGCGUUUUCAAGUUACGCUCUGUGGCGACCCAGAAGUAACAGAGUGCGUUACUUCUGGGUUUCGCCGCAUGUGCAGACGCUCAAAAUGAUGUCACACGGAAGCGGCAAAACACGACGCGCAGUCGCGUCUUACGUUCUACUCGGGAUGUGAACGGGGCUCCAGAACGGAUCCCAUUCGCAUCCAGAGGUACCACUGUACAGUGAUACAAAUUUAUUCUAAGCAUUAUGUACUGUGAAAUAUCCAUGUGAUCUGCCAGCCACAGAUGUCAGGACAUAAAUGGAGUGAGAGAAUAUACUAAUGAUUUUUUUCAAUGGCAAGUAGCAUGGCUUUAUUUGGAAGCCUAGUUAAAUAGUUGGCUAGUUGUAAGCCAAGUAUUGUCUAAAGGGCUUCUCAAUUGAAACACCAUCCAACAAAGCAGAAAGACAGUUGGAUUAUUGCAGAGUUUGUAUAAAUAAAAAGAUGCAGCACAUAGUGUGCAGUCUAUAACCCAGCUAUCGCAGAGACGAUUCCUUGUUAUAUAGAAUUGUCCUGGAGGAAAUAGCUUCCAGACUGAAAUGUAAUAUGAGACUAAUUCAUAAGGCAUUAAGUUGGAUUCUGAUUACUUUUGCAUUCCUCUUGUUAGUAGAUAUUUGGCAGAACAAUAACAUAACAAUAAACAUAACACUGUCCAUCAUAAAGUCCUUCCAGAUCAUCCCAACCUGUGCAGAUCGUGGACACCGUUGAAAUAAUUCUAAGCUUAAUGCAGUAUGUUUUCUAAAAAAAUGAUUUGAAUAAAAUGUCAUAUUUAGGGGAGAGGCCAUAGCUCUGUGGAAAAGUACAUGCUUUGUAUGGAGAAGGACGGUGGGGUUCUUACCAUUUCCAGUUAAAAGGCUCUUGUGUCACAAGACUGGGAAAGACCUCUGCUUGAAGCCAUGGAGAGCUGCCAUAGACAUCAUUGCUUCAGUUGUUUCAGUCAAUAUAAGGCAGUGUCCUAUAUCCAUGUCAGUUUUCAAAAUAGACAAAAUCAGUACUGACCACUUAUAUCCUCUUUCUUUAAAAUGAAAAGAACAUUGGAGCAGCUUAGGUGGAGAUCCAAGUGGUAUCCAGUCCAGGCACUGAGUAGGCCCAUGCCUGCUUCAUAUCAGUAAUGUUUCAGCAUGACAUAGUCCCAAAUUACAAAAUAAAUUCCAGUUUGCUAAUUUGGAAUUCCACAUGGUAAAUCUGCUUUUGAAUUUACUGUCACUCCUGCUUACUUCACUCACCAAUCCCACCUACUGGUCCACCCCAUUGCCACCUUCCUUCUCCCCAAACCUGACCAUAUGCUCCUUCCUUUACACCUGACUAAUCCCUGCUCUCUUACACCUCACCCACCCCCUUGCCUAUCCCCUCACAGUUCACCCAAUCCUUCCACACUCACCUGGGCCACCUACCACCCAUUCUGCUCACUUGCUCACCUGCCUCCUCUUCAGUUAUGACGCUGCAGUUGCCGUGGCUGCCUGUUGGCUAUGAACUACAGCAUGGCAGCCUUACAAUUUUAUUAUAUAGCAAGAAAAUUGUGACACUUGCUGUGCUACUUAUUCUACUUAAACCUAUUUAUUUCACUAAUUUUCAAAAUAUAAGCAUAAAAAGAUAAGUUGGAAGGUGAAGGGCCUAAAGGUUCCUGCCCCUUUAAAAGUUGCACAGAAGUGAGGAUAUGCUGGCAGAGGCAAGGACAAGUGACACGUAUAUUCAGGCCUGCAUCAGGCUCCACAUACGUAUAAAUCUGCUAUGAAGGAUGUAAAGAAAAUCCAUGCCCAAAAGCUAUACCUUGUUAUUUCAAGGUCUGCGCCAGAAAUAGCCAGCGUGGUGCCGUUCAUAUAUUUGUGGAUGGCAGCUCCCAUCAGCUUCAGCCAGAAUUGUCAAUGCUGGAGAAUCUUUAUCAGAUCUUGAAUUGUGCCAUUGGGGAAUACGACAGAUUCAUUUCCAGGAGAGGAAAUUGCAGAUUGUCUUUCUGUCAGCUCUCCACUAACACAAGAUGGUGAUUUAUAGUAGCCAGACAUUGGUUAUUAAAUCACUCUGGAAAUAAGAGUGGUCAAGGGAACAACCUCAAAUGCUCUGAUCAAAGCCGUUUUCUUCUGUCUGCACCUGGGAGCUGAGUUGUUAAUAACAUCAAUAACAUCAAAAGUAUCCAGUAUGGCACAGGUACUUUUGGAUCUCCCAUUGACUGUUGGUAUUGUUCGACAGUUGAUGGCUGAACAAUUUAAAAUGAUCAGAUAAAUAUUAGAUGAAAGGGGGGGGACAAAAAAUGAAUCAUAGAGAUAAAUGAAAAAUGGAACGAGCUUACCUAGAGAUUUCAGACUAAAUUGAUGAAAAGCUGACAGGACUGGAUGAUGAAUCAGCAAAAUUGGAGAAAGCAGAUGGUGACAUGAAAAUGCCUCUUAUACAUGGGUUUGGAGGAGAAGAGAAAGGUAAAAUCAUAAAUGGAGAGAUGGAGAAUCAUCUGGAUUUGGUAUUGAUGGAAUUGAGUGGAAAAAAGCUUUGAGAAAGCUUCAGUCCUGGCUUCUCUUCAGUUCUAGAAGAAAGUAUUCUGCAUACUAUUUGGAGCAAAUUCAGAGAACGAUGCUAUAAAUUUAUGCUACUAUCUCUGGAAAAGACUGGAAGAAACAGAAGUGUAAAGCCCUGGAGGAGCAGAUCAGGAUAAAUGCAGUAGGAAAUGGAAACACAACAAGAGAUGAAAUUUGAAUAUAGAGAACUGGGCAUGAAUUAAAGGAUAUAUAACAAGAAUUAUGGAAUAUGAUUCCAAUAUGUGAUUGCAGUGGAGAGAUUUUAAUAUGGGCAUGGAAGGAAGAAUUUACUAUUAAUGAAUAUGGAGGCAUGGUGGUGAGAAUUAUGGAGAGAAAGUGGAUUUUAAAGAAAAGACAUGGUUGAUAUUUACCGCCACUAGUAAUAAUAAUUCAGGAACCCCUCUUGGACUUUUGUGGGGAAAAGAAAUGAAAUGUUUUUGAGAGACUUCAACUGAAAAGAAACAUUAUUUAACAGAAAGUAGAGAAGACUGAUUUUAUCUUGGACUGAAUGUCUUCUUUUUUUUAUGCAGCUGGCAGAUAGAAAAUUGGAAGUCCUUUUAUUUUCAUUUUUCAACUUGCUUCUUUCUCCUGCCCUUUUCUCCCUCCCUUUGUAUCACUUCUUCAUUUUCUUCUCUUUUCUUUGGCAUCCUCUGCUCUGGGCCUUCAUUAAUGUCCAGGGAUUGUAUAGCCAAGCAUGUGGUAGAUGGUUAAAGGAAGUCCCUGGGUAAAGGGAAAUGUUGGUCUCCCAGGGUGAGAGGCUGGAAGGAGAAAGGAAAGAUCCCAGAUGCGAGCUACUACCUUCUGUGGCUGUUAAGGGUCAAGAACUCCCUUUAAGAAAGGACUCUGUAUUCCGAGUGAGCUCUCCGUGCCCUCACCACAGCAAAAAGACUGAUACUGAUGAAUUGGAAAAAUAAAAAUGCGGCUCCCUUCUACGAUUGGAUUGAAGACUUCUACAAACUCACAACAUAUGAACAAUUUGCAUGUAAACGCAGACUUGCCAUGGAAAAAUUCAAUGAAAUUUAGAAUCCAUUCUUACAAAUACUGUAAUAGGUCACAAUCUGGUGAAGUACAAUAACAACCUUGUAAAGUAUACAGUUUUGGGUUUUCCCCUUCCCCGCUUUAUUUUCCCUUCUACACGGGUUGUGUUUCUCUUUUUCUUUCUCUUUUAUUUACGUCUCACAAUGUUUAGUGCACAUGUAAUUAUGUACUUUUUGAACUUUCAAUUAAAUAAAAAGAGAGGACUGUAUUCGACUUAGUCUAGUUGUAUUUUUUGUCGUGUCUUUUUUUUUUGUUUGUUUGUUUCUUAGAUUAGGCUUUUAUAUCUUAUAGUAUUAUGAAAAACUUUUUUUAAAUUCUUAUAUUUCACCCCUCCCCCAAAAAGAAAUAGACAGCUUCACCUAUCCCUACUUCUCAAAGAGUUGGUGUGUAUUUUAAUCCAAUUUCUAAGCUUUUACAAAGCAUUUUUAUAUGCAGAUCAUUUUUUUAAAUUAUUAAAAGCCACAUAGAGGCAACACUCCACCUUUUUACAGGUCCUGUUGUUUGUCGUUAGCUUUCUUGAUGAGCAGAAAGUCAGAAAGUGGUAUUUUUCUCUCACUUGUGCUAUGCAGUUUCACUUGCUUAAUUUCUGCAUGCUAAAGACACAAGUACAGGGCUAGCAAAGAAACCCAUUGCCUCCGUAAUUGCUGACUUUUCAUAUAAUGCAGUGGUGGCCAAACUUGGCCCUCCAGCUGUUUUGGGACUACAAUUCCCAUCAUCCCUGACCACUGGUACUGUUAGCUAGGGAUGAUGGGAGUUGUAGUCCCAAAACAGCUGGAGGGCCAAGUUUGGCCACCACUGAUAUAAUGCAAGACCAGUCUAGAAAAUCAUUGUGAGAGCAUAAAAAUCCACCCUAUCCUGGAAAAAAUGUUGCUUUUUUUGCAUGAGGAAAAGACAGUCUGUACUUGAGGACAGAAUGUGAACAACUAAGAGAAGCCCUGCAAGGUUUGACAGGCAGCCUAUAUGAGUCUGCACACUGGCCGUGAAGUAGUUAAGAGGGGGAAAUUGCGUUUUGAGAACCGUUUGAGAACAAGUAGUGAAUGGGAUAAGUGUGGAAGGGAGUCUCUAAAGUUCUUCUUGUCUUUCAGGAAUACAAGCGCAAGUUAGCCAGAGUCUCUCAGGUACGGAAAGAACUCAAGUCACGGAUCCAGACCCUUCCUGACCUUUCACGACUCCCCAAUGUCACAGGAAGUCAGGUGCAUCUUCCAUUUGCAGGAGAUGUCUAUAAUGAUGAUUGACAUUCAGAUGUUCCCCUGGAAUGAGGAAUUGGGCAGAUGGAUUGAUAUUAUUUUUGUAUAUUUGUUGAGAGUAGCACUUCAGUGUUUUAAUUUAUAAGAAAUGUCAAAUGUUGCUUUGUUUACUAUGUUACUGAAACUGUGGUGAAGCAGGUACUAUCUAAGAGGCAGAAUCUCUGUGUUAUUAUGUUUAAAAGAAAGAGUGAUUAUUACAAUUUAACUUUUGUACUCACUUUGAUUAGAUCCAGGAGAACAUUGUUUCUAUUUUGCUUUUUCUUAUGUGAUCUUUAUUGGAUAUAGGUCUAAUAAUUUAAACUAAUCAUAUAAGACUCUGCACAUAGUAAGUGAAGAAAUGCAAAAAUAGGUCUUUUGACUCCUGCAAUUUGGGUUGAAAUGUGACAGUAAUUUUUUUUCUUCUCCAAAAAGUCAUUGUCUUAAUGUCCUUUUAAAAACUUUUGAAUACAAAUUAUAUUAAAAACAGAUGUUGAAUGACCAAAAAUGACCGUAGUUAAGUGAAUUAGAAUGCUAAAUGAUUUAGAAUUUUAAUAGUAAUCACUCCUCCUCUCUGAAGGUUGAUUUUUUUUAUAUAGUCAGCAACCAUAUGUUUGCAUUGUAAUCAUUUUCUACAUAAAUCCAAAUAGAAAAACCUCAUCUUAGAGGACAGGCCAGUGAGUGUAAUCCUCAUCUGGAAGGAAUUGGAAUGGUUAUAUAGGACUGAAUCUAUACUUUUUUACAAUUAACUGUGCUUAGCGGUAAAAAAAAAUGUUUAGAAGUUCAAUCCUAUAGCUGUCUACUCAGAAGUAAAUCCCACUGUAUUCAGUGGCUUAAUCUAGAUUAAGUGUGCAAAUGAUUGCAGCACAAGAACAUUAUUCUGUAGUGUGCUUUAUUCAUUACCUGGAGCUCUGAGCAUCUUUUCUCUAAUGGGGAACUCAUCUGAUGAAGUCAGCUUGGAAGGUUACUGCCAUGUUAAUUGCAGAAAAGCUCCAACAAAUCACUCCCAAGCCCGGAGUGUUAACAUGGGGAAAGUUUAUUCCUGACUACUCAGGAUGAGGAAGUUCACACUGAUAUAUGGCCACUGCCUUUCAGCAUAUUUACCUAUUUGCUUGCACAUACAGCUCUCCAUUUUGUCUAUGGGCAGUGGAGUCUAAAAAUGGGGUGGUUCUUACCAUCUGGGGCCAGUGUGCACAUUUGCUGCAGAUGCUAGUCACAAAAUUGCAGUGCAUGGUUUAGGAAAUUGGUUGUGGGCAUGCCCCCCAUAAGCAGGAAAAAGACAUCUACUGUUUGUUUCAUUCUUGUUCAAUGAUGCUCUCAAAAAUUACUUUAAUACAUUAAGGAUGUUUUCCAGUUAAUUUGACCCGCCUUAAAAAGGUAAAGGUAAAGGGACCCCUGAGCAUUAGGUCCAGUCGUGACCGACUCUGGGGUUGCGGUGCUCAUCUCGCUUUACUGGCCGAGGGAGCCCGGUGGACAGCUUCCGGGUCAUGUGGCCAGCAUGACUAAGCCGCUUCUGGCAAACCAGAGCAGUGCACGGAAACGCCAUUUACCUUCCCGCUGGAGCGGUACCUAUUUAUCUACUUGCACUUUGACGUGCUUUCGAACUGCUAGGGUGUCAGGAGCAGGGACCGAGCAACGGGAGCUCACCCCAUCGCGGGGAUUCGAACUGCCGACCUUCUGAUCAGCAAGUCCUAGGCUCUGUGGUUUAACCCACAGCACCACCCGCAUCCCUAUUUGACCCGCCUUACACCACCAAAUUAGGUCAAAGUUGCAAAACUUAAAGCCCCAAAUUGGACAUUAUGUAUGUUUGGCAAUUUAUUUUACACAUUUAAUGUACAUUUCCACUGUCACUUAUUUGUUACCAGCGGUCAGCAUGGCUGAUCAUAUUCUAGGGUCAUUGGCAAUCUGAAAAGGCUACCUCAUUUAUUCACCCUGGGUGGUGAAUUCAUCCCACCCCUCAAAGACAUAGAUUUUAUGUUGCAAUGUCAGAUACAGAAGUGAUUAGCAAGUAUGAGCAUUCCUUUCUAUGACUAUAUUACAAUUUAAAUAUAGGAAGUGGCCUUAAGUGACACCGCCCUGCUACCUGGCAAACAUUUAACUCUUAAUCGUCACCUCUAAAAUUAGAACAGUGAAGUUAUUCACAUUUCCACCACUGAAAAAAUGUUGAAUGCUAGUGGCAGAUAAAACAAAUUAUUUCACAGGAAAAAUGCUAUUUUGAAUAUAGCUACUUAAAUAUGUGAAAAUAUAAUACCUCUUUCUGGGAAACUCAAAACAGUUUAAUGCAGCUUGCUGCUGCUGCUUCUGUCUUAUUGUAGCAGUUUUGGAUUAUACUUAAAAAGCAUUUCAUUGUCAGUUUUGAAUGCUAAACUGAGGUGCAUCCACUUCUGUUACCUAUAUCAUGUGCUGUUUGCAAAGUUUGAUCCAGCAGAGGUAAGCACAUCUAAGACCGAUUAAUUUGAACGGAAAAGGAAUUAUAUGCUUAAAUUUCAGCCAGAGAAAUUAGUGGGGAAUAAAAUUGCUCAACUUUUGCAUCUUGCUGUAAUAUUUAUGGAAGAUAACUGCAAACUAUAAGGGGGAAAAACACUUUGCUUGUAUUUUGAACAGCUUGUGCCUGAUAGUUUGAAGUUUUAUUGUAUUAUAGUCCUAAAAUACUGACAGACACAUGUCAGAAUGCAGCAAGAUGAAAGGUGGUUGGUAAUCUCAGUUUAUGUUUCACAUUUAAAAAAUGAGGGGAAGGAGAGGGAUUUCAUGGAGUUGAAAAUUCUCUAUGCUGUUAGGACUUUUCAUGGUUCAGACGCACUGUAAUAUUUCUGCUUUUCUAAUCCAUUCCAUUCCAGACAUCAGGAGGUUAUAAUAUCCAGAUUUAACAGAGCAUAUAAUUAUAAUUUCUUUUUCUCCAAAAGACACAGGAAAAUUCCACUCAUACCACGCAGAAUUGCAUAAGUUUAAAAUAUAAACCUCAAUUUGUUUUGCAUCUGCUUUUUUGCAUGCAAUGUUUAGCCACAGAUUAGUGUUACGUAUAUGAGCCUUUGGCUAAUGCACUCCCACCCCUUAAUUGGAAUAAGCCAAUUUGUGACUAGUAAUGAUGCCUGCUGGUUUCACUAAACCAUAGCAAACCGCAGUUUUUCUAGAACUUCUGCCUUGUUCUUUUAGAAUGGCAAUAGUGUCCAUCUGAGAGGUGCUGGAGCUGAGCUCCUGUGAGCUCCGGUUGAAGAAAAGCCCUGGUAGACAGUAAACCACAGUUCCAUGUUUGAACAUAACAAAAAGAUACAUUUGAAAAUGGAAGUGAAAGCUACCAAUUUUCCGUUCCCUCCAUGAGCAUUGCUUUGAUGAGGAGGGGAGAGCAGAGUCUGAGGCUUUUGCACUUAAUUCUAACAUACAGUGGUACCUCUGGUUACGUACUUACCGUAAUUCGUUCCAGAGGUCCGUAUUUAACCUGAAACUGUUCUUAACCUGAAGCACCACUUUAACUAAUGGGGCCUCCUGCUGCCGCCGCGCCGCCGGAGCACAAUUUCUGUUCUCAUCCUGAAUCAAAGUUCUUAACCUGAAGCACUAUUUCUGGGUUAGCGGAGUCUGUAACCUGAAGCGUAUGUAACCCGAGGUACCACUGUAUAGUUUAGUGUUAUGCCACUGAGCCUUGCUGAAACACUUAGUUGUAGAAUUCAUUUUUCUGCAUGUAAAUAUUUUUCUUUAAAUACGUGCACCCUUCUUUUACCAAAAUAUAGAAAUUAAUAAGUUCUUUGGAAAAUUUUACUCUACUCUUGGCAGGUAGCUUUCAGGCAAAUGUUUACAUUUCAGCUUAGUUUUGCCAACUUGAACCUUGUUUUAUUAGGAGCCAUUGAUCCUAGUCACAUGCCAUGGAAGUACAUAAAACACAGCUCACUGUGAAUAAAUAUUAUGCUUGUGUAUGCUGCUGAAUCACUCCUGUUUUACUCUCCACUCUUAGGAGCACCAAAACACUAACCCUAGUUUACUUACUAUGACAUGUGUACUCAAGACAUGUGUGCUCAUAGGUUUGUUUCUUCUAAACAAAAAACGACAAGUAAGCCAAGAACAAGCCUUGAGGUCCAGGUUUCAGUAAUUUGCUGCCUUACCAAAAUUUGAGUUGUUGAAAACACAUCCUCAACACGGAAUAUUUAGGCCAAACAUUCAUUACACUGAGCACACACCCAGAAUUAGAAACAAAUCAUGUUUAUAUUUGCAACCCCUUACUACAGUGGUACCUCGGGUUACAUACACUUCAGGUUACAUUCACUUCAGGUUACAGACUCCGCUAACCCAGAAAUAGUGCUUCAGGUUAAGAACUUUGCUUCAGG